AUGGAUGAAAUUAUUAGUCGAUUAAAGAAUAAAGAUAGGGCCAUUCAACAAAAGGCCGCACAAGAUCUUCGUAUAUUGGUCGAAGGACGACCUAGCCUAUUAAAUGAAGCGAAUAAAAGAAUAUUUGAAAUGAUGCAAGGGGACACCCCCGAUUUUCAUAAAAUCGGCGGGAUACUUGCAAUUGGCAAGUAA